CGAAGAUUUUCUUAAGUUAAUAAGAGAAAGAUUUUCUUACGUUAAUAGGACAAAAACUUGGCAAGACGUACCAAAAUGCUGAUCCUCAGCCUUCCUGACAGGAAAUGGAAGAGUACCUCUGCACUAAAGGCAACUAUGGAUGAACUAUUGCAAUGCCCUGAUCACGGGUUGACGCUAGCCCAAAUUCUGAACAGUUUUGCACGAGCGAUCCUGGAUCCCCUAAGAACACAACUCUAUCCCCGUACCAAGGAAGAGGGGAUGACAUAUGAGAAGUUCGGCAAGAUCGCCAUAGAUCAUGCCGGCUUCCUCGCGGAAGCAAACUAUUGCCAUUAUUGGAAGGAUCUGCAAGCGGAAAAAAAAUGCCAAGACCGCACUAUCUCAGGGUCUAUACCUGGGAAAGACAGUCUUCUUCUAACCUUUGAAGAAGGAGGUGCCGAGUCCAUCUUCUGGGAGCUCGGGAGAGGAGUUACGCGGCUGUUGCAGCCCGCGGGGGAGGGCGUCAAGGAAGAGGGUGUGGCCGAGGAAGAGAUCGCGGCCAUGGUGGACGAGGAUUCGGCACCCAGAGGGGUGGUGGUGAAGGAAGCCACUACGUGGGAGGAAGGGGAAAUGGUCCCUCAUACGGUGGCCGUGGUUCUUACUCCACCUGGGGUAGAGGAAGAGGCUCAUGGUACAACAAGUGGGAUAAGCCAUACCCACCACAUCCAGGCCUACCCGAAGGGGAGCCUUGGAAAGAGUUGGGAAUAACAGAAAAGGUCAUUUUGGGUGGAAGAAGGCCUAUGGGACCUUGUUACGUUCCUGCACCUGGCCUCGAAUGAAAGCGGACUGUAUCGCGUAUGUGUAGGGUUGCCAAGUAUGCCAACGAAACAAAAGCACCACACAAUC